AUGGCAAUUCUAGGCCUUCAGGACGCCUUCGCUCCAGAGUGUUCUCGACACUGGGUCAAUAUGAUACUCUUCCCAGCUCCAUCUACCAUCCCUGAAUCUCUUCAGCAAACAGAACUGCAACGAAACACGCCACACGAGCCAUGGAUUGAUCUCAUACCAGACAAGCAAAUGCGUGAUAACGCAAUACUAGCAGCAGGAUAUCUCACGAAGAAGGAUGUUGAAGUAGCUGUGACAGGUUCCAUUUCCGGAACAGCAAACAUGCUGGAGCUAAAUGGGUUGAUAGCUUGGGACGAUCCUUGGCGAGCCGAGGGGUGGGAACUAACAGAAGGAUUCAUAAAAGACUUCCCAUUCCUUGUGAAAGAUUGCUGGGACAUGCUCGAGUCUACUAAUCGAUGGCGGGCAUUGCGGGAUGAAGAACCUUUAGUCAUUGAAUUAUAA